AUGCCCAAGGUAGCGCUGGCACUCGCGGCAAAGCUGCGCGGCAUUCCCGCCUACAUCGUGAUGCCUCUCUCGGCCCCGGCCGUCAAGAAGCGUGGCGUGCUGGGCUACGGCGCUCAAGUCAUCGACUGCCCCACUGUCGAGUCCCGGCAGCCCACAGCCGAUCGAAUUGUGGCAGAGACCGGUGCAGUUUUCAUCCAUCCGUACAACAAUCCGGAUGUCAUCGCUGGCCAGGCCACGAUCGCCCUGGAAGCCCUCGAGCAGGUGGCAGAUCUCGAUGCAAUCAUCACCCCUGUGGGCGGCGGCGGUAUGAUGUCGGGCGUAGCGAUUGCAGCCAAGGCUCUCAAGCCUGGCAUCAAAGUCUUUGGUGCCGAGCCCAAGGAUGCCGACGAUGCCUACCGAUCGAAGGAAGCCGGCGAGCUGUUGCCCCAAACCGGCACUUCGACGAUUGCUGAUGGACUGCGGACGGGGCUCGGCAGCCUGACGUGGCCCGUCGUCCGGGACCUCGUCGACGCCAUCUACACUGUUUCCGAAGAGGAGAUCAAAGCUGCCAUGAGGCUCGUGUGGGAGCGGAUGAAGCUGGUGGUGGAGCCCAGCGGGGCUGUUUCGCUGGCGGCGGUGCUGAGCGAGGACUUCCGCAAGGCCAAUCCCGACGUGCGACGGAUAUGCGUGGUCUUCUCCGGCGGCAACGUCGACCUCGACGCCUGGCGCUGGUAA